CACCUUAGUCGAUCCACCUUCUCUCUUCUAUUUCUCCCUGCACCGCUUGCGUCGUCUGAAGACUCGAAUUCUUGAUUUCACUGGACGCCAACUGGAAUCGAGAUUGAAAUUGUGACGCGGGAAUUUUUUGCAUGCCUCUCUGUCGAUUAGGGAGGAACAACGGUGGGAUUUGAUUUGGUUAGGGAGGUGAAAAAUACUUCAGCGAUCGAUCAAAAGCUCUCAACAUCAGCAUCGACCUGAUUAACACCGUCGGACGGCUAUUUCAAUGGAAAAAUCGACGCCAUGGAUUCCGACCAUUUGGAUAGCAAAACAUGGAAGGUCCACCUGGAUCGGGCAAAGGUACUCAAUCCCCCAUCAUUAAGGAUGAAUACUGCCUUUGCCACUUACCAACAUGUGACAUGUUGAGAGCAGCCAAAACUCCACUCGGGAAUAAAGCUAAAGAAACCAUGGAAAAGGUCUACGCUUUGCUUUGACUCAGUAAUAUGAGUCUUCAACAGUUUUUACCCAAAUUGAUCCCUAGUGGUUGGGAUAAUUGAUGAAGCAAUGAAGAAGCCAUCAUGCCAAAAAGGGUUCAUUUUUGAUGGUUUUCCUACAACAGUUGCCAGGCCGAGAAGCUUGAUGAGAUGCUUCAAACACAAGGAACUAAUUCACGGAAUCGAUGAUGUUACUGGAGAGCCAUUAAUGCAAGUUAUAUAUAGACUACUACAUAUUUAUUUGCCAUUAUUAAUUAUGGCAUAUAAUGUAAAGUUACUAAAGCUUAGAAGUGACAUCAGAACUGGAAUACUAUCUACUACAGCUUAUUACAACCUCUUUUUAAAUAUUAACUACAUCCUUGGUUUCAAGCUGCAACAAAUGUUGGUGAUGAAGGUGGAUUUGCUUCUCAUAGUCAAGAAGACAAGGAGGGUCUUGAGUUGCCUAAAACAGCCAUUGGCAACGCCGGAUUCUUCACUAGUUAUUAUCAUUUUGUAAAUUUAUACACAUAUGUAUCCGAUAAAUACAUGAAUUGAUUGAUGCAAAUAUGAAUAUGUAUAAUAUGUAAAGAUGGGUG